AUGGCUAUAGAGAGCGUUCCUGUCGAAGGGCUCAAACGACGUGUGUCUCACGGCGAAGAACAGGAAAACCGGCUCUGCGAUAAGAACGGAAACUAUGCAACAGAACUGCACAUCUUUCAAUUCUCGGUCACCUCCGGUAGGACUCUCUACGCUCGUGAUUACUUGGCCACCCGAGAGGGGGAUAACCUGGAUACCUUUCAGGGUAACGGGGCUACUGAACCGCUAGGGCUCAAUGGAGCAUCAUUCCAAAACUUGGCGCCUACUACCCAGCAGGAUGCAUGUAAUGCGCAAUUCAAUACCUGUGUCGAUGCUGCCAGCACCGCUAAAUGCCAGGAGCAGAAAGCUGAGUCCGCUGCUGUGCCGGAUGCAGUGAUCACUGGACAGGUACAAGGACAGGCUCAGAACCAGAUGCUGAUGGACAGCCUCUCCAACAAAGCCAAGCCGCUCAGGAUGCUCAACUGGCCAAUGGUCAAAAUGGUCAGGGCCAAGAUUGCAAGCUGUCGGUAUGGUAUCGCCGGUGCUGCCGGCGUCAGUGCCGCUCAGAACGCUGCCUCCACCGGUGGUGCUAUGGCCGCGGGUGCGAAUGUGGGCGCUGAAUGCGCGCAGGCCAUUGCUACCGCCAGGCGACGACGCGACGUUGUGACGCUCCCUCUGAAUGGAUUUAAGGGGCAGAAGCGAUAUGUUGGUCCCGUGGAGUGGGAGGGAAUGGGGGAGGUUGGUGCAUUGGUUUAG